AUGGCUAACCAUCAGCUCUCUUAUAGUUUGAGUAUGGCUAACCAUCAAUAUCCACCAAAUGGUGACAAAGAAAAGAGAGAAAACAUGGAGAAAAGAAAACAGGAGUUGCUAACUACCAUUGAGAAGCAGGAUGAUAAAGUACAUCAACUUCAAACGAGCGCCUUCAACCUUGCAAACUACUACUUCGUCUUUCAAGGAAUUAUUUUGGGGGCUAUCGUCACUGCCACCUCAGCGCUCAGAUGCUCGGAUCGCUGGUUCCUUUUUAGCCUCUCUCUGAUAGCAGCUAUACUCAACUUGGUUUCAUUGCUUGUAAUUGGAAGCAAUUAUAAAAGAAGCGUCAUGCAGAGACACCAAACCAAGGGUGAGCUCAUUGAAUUGGAAAGUGAUCUGAGCAAGCUAGAAACUUCACCUUCAGAUCAAGGGCUCAAAACUAAAAUAUUAAGCUACUGGGAUACGACAAAUAUUCAACAUCCACAGGUUGCUUCUAAUCAUCAUCCUGCGACCCUAGAUAUUAAGGAAGAACCGGAAGUAAGGCAUAAAAGGAGGGUCAUUCCUGUUGUUACAAAUCAUCUACGUGAGUUCUACUUUGUACUUUGCAUGGGUAUAUUUAUAAUCUUUGCCGUCAUCGUGAUUGUGGGUUGCUGGACCAUUCCUUGCAAGAAAACUCUUCAAUGCACACCCCAGAUAUCGAACGCCAACAGUGAUAAAUGUAUUAGGGUUUGUGAAGGUGCCAAGUGUAUGAGCAUCUGCGCCCAGUUCUAA